AUGAUAAUUUUCAUAUAUUUCAUUAUCUUGCAUUCCACAUGGUAAUUUGAAAUAUAAGAAUUGGACUCAUAAUACUAGGUAGCAGAAUAAUUAGUGAAGAUUAGAGAUGAUGAUUUUUAGCUAACAAAAUAUUUUAGCUAUGGCAUAUGGUCUAAAUAUACUCCUCUAAGUGCAAUACCUUAAACUGGCCCAGUUGGAUUACUUGAUAGUAAUUGUUAUCAUCUUCAUCAUAUACUUGAUAGGAGAAGCAAUGAAAUAAAUUUAAUAUAUUACGACUGUCUAGAUUAUGAGGCAAACAAAAUUACAAAGACAAUAAAAUUUGUUAACAAUGAAGAUGAAUAGAAAGAAUAUAUAAUUGAGAUUGAAAUAUUCUAAUACGAAAGUUUUUGGUAUUUUCUUGAAGUGCUUUAAUGGCCCUUAUAAAAACGAUUUGAAAUUUUAAUAAUAUCAUAACAAUAAAUAGUAAUUCAUGGCAUCGAUGAAAUUAAAUAUCCAUUUUUUGGAGAUGAUCUCUAAUUUAGUUUUGGAAAUGGCUUAAUUGUAGCUAAAUCAAGAAUAGAAUCAAUUUAAAAACAUUAAAAAUUCUCAUACUUUCCUGGAAUUAUUAUGAUAUAAAAAUUUUAGAUAUUAGAUGAAUUGACUAUCAUCGAUUGGUUUGAUGAUGUGAAGAGUCUUUUUGUUAAAUAUGAAAAUUGUCGUUGUUAUCCAAAUGAAAUAGUAGAUAUUCAAGAUAUGAAUAUUAAGUCUUCAUAAAAAGGACAGUUAAUAUCUGAAAAUUAAAAUUGUGAUUCUUUUUUUUUAUAAGGAUGGGUAAAAAUCUAAGAGAUCAUUAAGGAAGACAAUCAAUUUAUUUAUCCAUUCAUAAAAUUAUCUGCUAAUUAUGAGAGUUCAACUUUAUCUAGUGAUAACUUAUCCCCCCUUUAAAUUCAAUAUUAAAUAUCAGAUACUUAGAAUAAAAUUAUUGUAAAAACUUAUAGCUACACUUUUCCAAUAGUUUCAAUUGAUUUUACUAAUAAUCCAUUUCUAAUAGAAAAAUCUUUUGAUAUUGUUCAUAGCAUCAAUUUAUGGCAUAAAAUAGAAGUUGAGUUGAUAAGUAAUUAAAUAGAUAUUGAAAUUAAAUUUUAUGAAUAGUAAAUGAUUCAUGAGUAUAGACUUUAAUUAGAAGUGCAUCAAUUUUAAUAAUAUUAAAUGAAAUUGUUGUAUGGAAAUACUUAAUCACUUAAUUCAAAUCACUUGUAUAUCUUAUUAAGAAAUUUCUAUUUUUCUAAUUGCGAUCAGCCUUUUUCUGAUGAUAAUUGUCAUCACAGUUGUCAAGAAUGUGAUGGCCCAACAAAUGAAGAUUGCUUAUCUUGCUCAGAAGAAUCCAAUAGAAUUUAUUUGUCUGAACAUAAAGUGUGUGUCUGUCCUUAUAAUAAUGUUGAUGAUUAUAUUUGUAUCGGUUAUAAAGAAGCAGAGUUAGAAUUUAUUGAUGAAACUAUCUCAAAUAAUGAGUGCCAAUAUGGUUAUUUUGAAUUAGAUAAUUAAUGUAUAAAAUGUCCUUCGAUAAUACGGAAAGAUUUAAUCACAUGUAGAGAAUGUUUGUAAAAUCCAAAAUCUUUUGCUUAUAGCCCAAAUUGUGUAUAUGAUUUAUAUAUAAGUCAAAAUUAACAGACAGAACAACUUUAAUAUUGGUAUUCUAGUUAAUUACUUUUUGAUGGAAAUGAUUUUAAUUAUAUUAGAUCCUUAAGAACAGCUAUAAAUGAUUUUAAUAGUUUAUACUCAGGCUUUUUGUAUCGAUCGAGCUCAUUUUCAUUAUAUUGCAACCCUAAUGAUGACAUAUGCAUAUUCAAGACAUCUGAAAGCUGCAAAGAAUAUGUUACAUCUGUUGCAGGAGUGGUAUGUAAAGAGUGUUAUUAAAAAUAUAUAUUAAAAGACGAUGACUGUAUUAGUAUGUAAAUUGUCAAAGAAAAAGAUUGUGUGCCACCCUUAUAUAAAAGCUCUAAUGAUAAGUGCAAAUUGUGCUCCAAAAAGAAUUGCAUAUACUGUUUUGAAUACCAGAAAGAUGAAUCUUCUUUAAAAAGUACUUUGUAUCAAAAUUUUGAAAGUUUUAAUAAUGAUUAAAUGAUAUAAAUUGGCUGUGCAAUGUGUGAAGAUGGCUUUAUGUUUGACUUUAUAAUUGGGGAAUGUUUAAGAUAAUAGUCAAAAAUUUAAAGUUGUUUAAGAUCAUUUAUCAAUUUUGAUGGUAUCGAAGUAUGUACUCUCUCAAACUAAAAUGAUUUUAGUGUUGCGCCUGAAAUUGUUAAUUGCGAAAAAUAUUACUCUAAUUGUUUAUAAUGUGUUCUUAGUCCUAAAUCCAGGCUGCAAUGCAUAUUCUGCAGAAAAGGUUUUGUGAGCUCUAUUGUGUCAGGAAACUGUAUUUUGAGUACUAAACUUUCCCAAAAUGAGUAAUCCACUUCUGUAAUUUAAGCAGGAACGUAGGAUGAUGCAAAUAUUUAAUUAAUUUAGAGUUUUUAAAUGUAAUUUUUACCUGAUUCUUAUUAUUACUCAAACAAUCCAGGAUAUAUAUUUGAAUACGAUAUUAAAUGUAAAGAAGGAUAUAUGUUAACACAAUCUAAUGAUUGCCAAUAGUAUUGUAGUAGUGAAUGUUUAAAUUGUAAACAGAAUAUUUAAAAUUUCUUUUGCUAGAGAUGCUCUUUAAAUUACUACAAAUAAACUAUGCGAGUUUAAUAUGGUGGGCCAAUGUAUAGCCUGUUCAAAUUUAUGCUAAUAUUAAGAAAUUUAUGUAUAAUCUCUAUCAUAUUUUAGGAACUACAAGCAAAUUUUUAACUCGAGGAAUCAAACAAGUUAUCUACAACAAAAUGUCUAAUACCAAUUGAUGAUUCUCAUAUAGCCAUCAAUCCUUAUUAUAAUAAUGUUAAAUACUGUUUUAAUAAAGGUUGUACAAAUUGGUUUUCAUACUCCAUAUAUUUUGAAAGCUGUAUUAACAUAAGAUAUCGACCAGGAAUAUAUGAAAAUGCUAUAAAUUCUUAAUAUUGCAACCAAGUAGGAGUAGAUUAAUUGACGAUAGAUUAUAUUAUUUAAAUUUUUGAAGAACCUAAAGAUUGUGAUGGAAUCAAAUUAGUUAUUUUAAAUAACUUAAGGAAGACAAUAUUUUCACUAAAGAAAACUCAUAUGAGAUUAUUUUCAGUUGAUAACAAUAUUUUGGGUUCAAGCGGCAGAAUAAACAUAACCAAUUAUGAUUCAGUGGAACUCAAAAACAUAACCUUUAAAAGGUUUUAAGGUUGCGUUUUUAUAAAUCCUGACAAAAAAAUAGAUUUAACAUUAAACAAUUUAAAAUUAAUCAACACCAACUAUCUUGGUUUAGAAAUUUUCUAAACAUAAAUAUAUGGAAAUAUUCUGAUUUAGGAUGUCGAGAUUUUAGAUAGUGUCUUUGUCGAUUCAACUUUUUUUUAGUUUUAAAAACAACCUAUUUUAAUACCAUUCAAAAUAAAGAAUUUGACCUUCAAGAAUUGUAUUUUAAAAAACUCAACGUUAUUUAAUAUUGAUUACUUUUAAAACAUCGCAACUAUUGAAAAUAUCCUAAUUGAAGAUUGCUCGUUAUUGAAUUCUUCAUUUUUCUCACUCUCAACAAUAUUGAACCAAGUCACUUAAAUUAUAUUAUAAGAUGUUGAAAUCAAAUAAUGCAAAUUUGAGUAUUCCUUUUUUCUCAAAAGUCACAGUAAUUUUGAAAUAAAGGGAAAUAAUCUAUUCUUCCAUAAUAACAAUCUUGACAAUUCGGUGAUAAUUGCUUUUAAUGAUAAUACAGAUUUAACCGGAAUUAGAACAAGUUAUAACACUCUUAUUUUAUCUUCAAUUUUAUCAACAUUAUCCCAAACAUACUAAUCAAGGCUGUUAUGCACAAUUGAUGGUUUUGAAGAUAAUUCUAAUGCGUUUUAAGAAUCAAGUUUGAUAAUUAUUUAAUCUAAUCUUUAAAUCAAUAAUAUCAUUGUUAAUAUUAAAAAUGUUAAAGUGUAAGAAAAUAACCUAUUUGGUAAGGUACAUCCAUAAAAUUAACUAUUUAAAUUGAAUUGCCAUUCAUUAAUGAUCCAAAAUGCUCACUUUUUAAAUUUACAAAAUUUAGCUGUGUUUUAUCUUUAUGAAAUUAAUUAGAUAGUUUUCGAUUCUAUAAUAUUUGAAAACUCUUAAUAAAAGCAUAAAGUUCCUGUCUCUCAAUUUUGCACUGAUCAAGAAUAACUUAUUAAUUAACCAUUUUAAGUUUUAGGCUUUCAGUAGGUAACAUUAUCAAACAUUAAAAUUAUUAAUCAAUUUAGUAUCAACUACUCAUUAAUGGAUAUAAAUUUUAGUAAUCAGUUUAUUAUUGAUAGAAUAGGGAAAAUAAUAUUAGCGAAUAUAUAGUUUAGAGGAAAUGUAAUAUUAUAGAACAAACUAGUCACAUCAAUAUCAUUGGUAAAUAUAUACUCUCAAUAUAAUUUAAAUAUAAAAUUGGACAAUAUUUAGUUUACGUAGAAUAUUAUCAAUUAAUAAAUUGACGGAACCAUUGGCACAUAAAUGGAUUUAUUACAUGUAAGUUCAUUAGACAGUGUAGUUUAAAUUCAACAGAUAUAUUUUUAUCAAAAUGCCUUAACUAAUUCUUCUAAUCCAUUUAUUACUCUUAGUGCUACUGUGAUUGAAAUUUCUAAUCUUAUCUUUAUGAAUUCUAAUGUUUUAUCAUAAAAGUUAUGGCAACAAUUCUAUGAUUUUGAAUUAGAGGAUUAAUAUAAUCAAUAGGAGAUUAACUAAAUUAUUCAAACAACAUUUAACAUGUAAAAUUCAGGGAUUUAUAUUGUAGCUUCUAAUUUUAGUUGUAAGGAUAGUCUUUUUUAAGAAAUUAUUGCUGUUAAAAGUCCUGUUUUUUUUAUUCAAACUCAAGGAUAGGGAAUAAUCAAAAUAAGUAACGUCUCAAUAUAUUCUAUUUAUAAUAAUCUAAAAGAAAGUGGAGGUUCAGGUUGCAUUAGUGUAGAUUCAGCAGGCAGCCAUUUAUUUAUUGAUCUAAAACAAAUCAAAUUUACAAACAUUUUCAAUAGAAUGGCUGCUUCAUUAUUUACAAUUACUCCCUCUUUAAAAUAAAAUGUUAUACGUUUAAAUAAUAUUGAAAUAAGGAAUUGUCUUUCCUUAAUAAAUACAAUUAUGUUUGUUAAAUUUUCAGCAGAAGUUAUGUAAUAAAGCUUAGUAAGUAUUAAUAAAUUAUCCAUUUAUUAAAGCGAAGAAUUGUGGUUUUAAUUAUUUUCCUUGAUUGGUCCAAUUACAUCAUUAGAAUUAGGUAGAAUACAUAGUGAAGAGAAUGCUAUGAUUUUCUUUGAGAAUUGUAAAAUUGAUAUCCGAAAUCUGACUAUUGAAGGAAUAGUCAUCUCUCCAAUCUUAAAAUUUUAAAAUGCUUUUAAAUUAAAACUUUUAGAUUGUCAACUAGUAUUUAUACAAAAAUUAUAUUCUUUCGAUCUCAUACACAUAACUUAAACCUCAGCAACUGAAUCAACGAUUUCUAUUGAGAAACUAAAGAUAAUUAAAAGCAAUACUUAUAAAUAAAAAUAGAACGCAAUUCCUAAUUUUUCUGACUUGAAUUAUGAAAUUGUAGGAUGCAGAAUCUGGAGAAAUACCUCAGUAACACAAUAAACUUCUUUUUCAGACAUCAUAAGUUAGAUAUAAUCUUUUGUUCAAUCAAAUCAGAUGAUAUAUGUGAAAAGUAUCUCUGACUAAAAUUCCCUUGUGCUUUAACAGAUACAAAUAAUUAAUAAUAAUGGAUCAGACUUUUCAAAUGGAAUAAUCACUUUUGAGGUUGAACAAUUCAAAAUUUUUAAAAUAAACUGA